AUGAUAUACACAACUUUAAGGAUUAACCAACCAACUCAUUUUGAGAUUAAACAUGAUGAGCAAGAAUGUUUGGUAUCCGUGGAGGGAUACUAUGACGAAGCGACCAGGGUCAUACAAGGUCUUCAAUUCAAGACAAACAUGAAUACUUCAAAACUGAUGGGAUACAACAAGGGUAAGAAGUUUAGCAUUUCAGCCAAUGGAAUGAAGAUCAUUGGAUUCCAUGGAUAUGCUGACAAGAACUUAAGCUCUCUUGGCGCAUAUUUCACAACGCUUUCUCCUAUGAAAUUCGAAUGCCAAGGUGCUACUAAAGGCGGAGACCUUUGGGAUGAUGGUGCUUUCGAGGGCGUUAGAAAAGUGUACGUCUACUACGAACAUAACUACAUAAUGUUUAUCAGUUUUGACUACCAAAACGAUGGCCAAGCAGAAAGCAUGACCAUGGAUAUCAUGAUGGAUUCCCUGGACAAGAAGCCGAGUUUGUGGUCGACUAUCCAAAUGAGUAUAUCACUUCUGUGGAGGGGACUUUCAGUACCGAGAGUGAUGUGGAUUACGACGUUGACUUUCAAAACAUCACAAGGGAGAAUUUCACAGAAAUUUGGAAAUGAGCGUUUAGGAGAUCAAAGAAUCUUGCUAGAGAGCAAAGAUUGUGCUCUUGUUGGGUUCCAUGGACAGUCUGAUGAUUCUGUUCUCUUGGCUAUUGGAGCUUAUUUUUAUCCAAUGCAACAACCUUCUCCUGAUGCAAAGAAGCUAGAAGCAAAAGGUGGUUGGCGCAGCGUCAAGCUGGAUAAACUCGAAGAUCGUUGA